ACUGCCUCUCAGCCACGGGUCAGCAGCUCAGACAGGCACCUUGUUCCUAUUCAGCUGGAAAGAGAAGAGCAUCGCAAGGUGCACGCACACACACUUUAGAACACAAAGAUACACACAUCCACAAGCCGGCAAACACACACACACACACACAUGCGCAUCUUCAAACCGCCCCAGGACUUUUAUCUGUGGCAACGGGAACGAAGACCUUAGUGCGAGGAGGAGAAGCAACAAGGAGCGAGCUCGAAGAGGAACUUUUUUUAGAGGUGGAUCCACAGAGGGCUUCAGGCAGGACAUCGAGAGCCGGUGCCGGAGAUGACAACGGGAGCGUCGCUGUAGGGAGGCCUGCCGUCAGCCCGAGGUGGUUUCCCUCCCAUCUCUCCUUCGGGACUCCCGCCCUCCGACCAUCCCUCCGAUCGGGGCAUCUCCCCCCAUCAUCAGCAUGCCUGCAGCUUGCACCAGGUGCACCUUGGGAGUCUGACCCACCAUGUGCAGAUGGACGCCGUCCGUAGCUCAUCUCUGUCCUGAACCCGCCGUCGGCACCGCCGUCGCUGCCAGAGCCGCUGCCGCAGCCGCUGCCAGAGCCGCUGCCAGAGCCGCUGCCAGAGCCGCUGCCGUCGCCGCCGGGCGACCUCUGUCCUUUCCCAGCGCAGCCUCCCUCUGCCUGGCAUGCUUCAGCUUGCUGCUGGUCACCGCCGGCACGGCCACGGGGGCCUGCCCCCCCGGGGUCGGGCAUGAGCCCCUUCGCGCGCUGGCGAGCGGCAUCAACUGCUCGUGGACUUUGGAGAGGCACACCCGCAGCUACAACCACCUGGAGGGCGACGUCCGACUGCGGCGGCUCUACUCCGCCAACAAGUUCUUCCUCUGCAUCGACAGGACGGGAAAAGUCGACGGCACGCGGCGGAAAAACUACGCAGACACUCUUGACAUCCUGUGGGUGUGA